GUGACAGUGUUCCUGUUUUGAGUUUAGUUGGAAUUUCUUCGUGUUAAGCAUUUAUUAAGUUGGUUUAGGUAACAACAUGUCAUGUGGACAUUCAAGAGAAGGAUUCACCUGCAGCAAAUAUUUUCAUUGUCCCACUGUUGAGCGCUUUUCGCCUCUGAAUUUUCAACAGUUUGGCUAUUUUUGCUAGUACUUAACAGCAGCGGAUCAAUAGUGAUCGCCAUCAACAACAUUUCCUCCAGAGAUUUAAACCGACAGGUAAGAAGUUUACCUGAGCUGCUGCUGCCAUGGUGGUGGAGGAGAAACCUGCUUCAGGUGGGCGCACCAAAAUGAAUGUAGUGCGACAUUUGGUCAACUUUGGCAUCAAUCCUGCAGCACUGGCUUAUGCCAUGACUACUCUGGGAUCUUGCAUGAUAAACAAUAUAUUCAGCUUCUACUAUGUCAAACUCUUUCUCAAUAAGUACAAGAUAUCAGAGGGAGCAUUUCACCAAUCACAAGUGGUGUACAUGGUGUGGAAUGCAAUCAACGACCCUCUUUUUGGCUACCUGCAAGACAACUCCAAAGUGCGCUGUUGCUCUCAGCGGCGUCUCUCCAUUCUGUAUGGUGCUCCCCUCUACUCACUGGCUUUUCUUAUAGCCUGGUUCCCAUGGCGGUCCUACACCCCUGGCGACUGGAUGAGCGGCUUACACUUGAUGGUGGCGCUGUGCGCUUUUGAUGGCAUGCUCACUUUUGUGCUGCUGGCCCAAUGUGCCUUGUUUGCAGAGAUCUCCAGCCACCAUCAGAGCCGGUUAAGACUUGUAAAGUACAGCCAGGUGGCUUCUCUCAUCGGCUCCUCCAGCGUGCUUUUCUGUGGUGUGAUGUCAAAAAACAUGGCAGACUUUAUGGCCUUCCAAGGCUUCACAGUGAUCAUCGCUAUCCUGAGCUGUGUCUGCAUGCUCUACACGGGCCUCCACAGUGAGAGCCGCUUUGAUAAUAAAGGAUCUGAGUCAGAUACACCGGAGUCUGUUGAUCAGUCAGAAUUUUCCUUCUCCAUGUUAAGAAAGUUGAUGCGGCAAAUCAUCACCAACAGGGACUUUAGGCAAUUUGUGAUCAUGAACUUCUUUCAGGUUUUCAUUUUGGCUUUCUUUAAUAAUUUUACCAUGAUAUUUUCGGAGCACCUGAUUCCCCCAGAUGUGCUUCCAUCACUGGCCAAGAGCGUCAUGUACGGCGCGGGUUUCAUCUGCCCACAGCUGUUAGUUUUGAGCUGUGGGAAACUGCUCCAUGGUAUUGGAUACUACAGAAUCAUCCUCUUCACCUUCUACAUGGAGGCUGGAAUGGCAACCAUCAUGCUAUCACUUGGUCCUCAGCACUACUAUAUCCUGGCGUUUUUCCUCACUGUUAACAUGGUCAUAAUUCAAGCAGCCUUCAGUCUUUUCAGCUUGCCUUUGGCUGAUAUCAUUGACACAGACCUGCAAAAGUACAAACGCAGCUCUCCUCUCUCCUCUAUGGUGUUUGGGACGAAUGCUCUGUUCACCAAGCCGGCUCAGUCUCUGGCCCCGAUGAUAGUGCUUAAUAUCCUCAACCAGUUUGGAUAUGAACAGCUGAAGGAUGCUGGAAGGGAUUCAAAUUCAAGUGCCUUGGAGAGCCUCCACAGUGUCAUGUUCUAUUUGGUGUGUUUGGUGCCUAUGUGUGUCGCUGCUGCACAAGUCGUGGCUUGGAGGCAGUUUUCCAUAUGCAGCAGUCACACAGUUGACACAAAGUAUAUAGAUGGCUAGCUUCACUAUUUUCAGCAACCAGCACACAGAGGAAGCUGGUUGGUAUUUCUCAAGUUAAGGAUUGGUGAAAGUGAGAGGUUAUGUUAAUGUUUUUUGUAAUUUUGAAAGCAAUGUGUAAAUUACUGUAUAUAUGAGAUAAUCCAGGGUUAUAUUGAUGUUGUAAAUUAUAUUGGUGUGCUGACGUUCAUUUAAAUGUUGGAUGAGGAGCAUUACAUCCUGAAUGAUCAUUUGUUUGAUUUAAAACUUGCAUAUCACACAUACUUUUUUUUAGAUUUCUUCAAAUAAUUUCUAAUCUUGAAAGUGCACUGAUGAGCAUGUAACUACUCCUUUACUUAAUGUAACUGCCUCAUCCUUUUGGCCCACUGGAAAGCUGGACCAAAUCUUAAAGUUUUUUCAGUGGUGUUAAAUCUCAGACACUUUGUCCAGUUCAAUUAGUCAAAAUUAUAGCAUGAAUUCCUGAAAUAGAAGUUUUGGCAGUAACAUCCAAAUACAGAAGCGAAACACAAGUAACAGGAAAUGAUCUCAUAUUAGAAAUCUCAUGUUUACAAGCUGUGAAUAUGGUGUGAUGUGCCCAAGGUUUGUUAAAUGGCACGUGUUGGUUAACAAUACAAAGUAAAUAUUUUUGCAUUUCAGCUUUUUAGUAAAUAACAGAUUCACUUAUUCCUACCUGAAGAAACAGGUGCAAAAUGUCACAAACAUGACAGCUAGCCUGAUGAGCUCCAGCUAGGCUCCAGAGUAAUUUGACAGACAUUAUAUAUUAUUAUACAGACAUACAUAUUAGUCUAAAUCAUAACUGGAGCUUGAAUAAUAUUAGUGCUUUAAGGACCAGUGUGUAGGAUUUAGUGGCAUCUAGUGGUUAGGUUGCAUAUUGCAACCAACUGAAUACCCCUCAUCCUCACUCUCAACCUUUUCUGUCAAGCGUGUAGGACAGGCAUGACCAAACUAUUCCAUAAAGGGCUGUGUGCCUGCAGGUUUCCGUUCCAACCAAUCAACAGUACACGAUUCAACCAAUCAAAUGUCUAAAGACAUCAGUUCAUCAGUUGAUUAAAUGAGUCAACCCCGGUGUGCUCCUGCUUGGUUGAAAUUAAAAUUUACAGCCACAUGGCCCUUUAUGGAAUAAUUUGGACACCUCUGGUGUAGGAGAACCUAUCGUGGCCACAACACUUGUGAAAAACUCGAAAGGCCCUCUAGAGCCAGUGUUUAGUUUGUUCAUUCUGGGCUACUGUAGAAGCAUGGUGGUGCAACAUAGUAGCCUCUGUGGAAGAGGACUCACUCCCUAUAAAGAUAUAAAGAGCUCAUUCUAAGGUAACAGAAACUGCACUACAAUCCCUAUUUUCAGGUGAUGAUACACCAAUUAAAACAUGCUUGUGAAUAUUACAUUCAAUUUAUGUUAAUAUUUCAGCCAAUACAUGCCACUAAAUCUUACACACUGGUCUUUAAUAUGUUUUAAAUCAAACUCAAUCAAAAACAUUUAACAGGGUUUACAGUAGAAAGCCAUGAGGGAGAUUAAUGAAAAGGGAAUAAUUCACAAUAACUGAACUGAUUUGAAAAAAGAUUUUUCAAAUACAGUUGAGUCAGCCAAAGUUCAAAUCAUACAUGUAUUUAUUAAAAAUGCACAUACACUCAUAAACAUCCACUUUAACAUUAUAAGUAAUGUAAAAGUAAAUUCUAAUCUUAACUUACUGGGAACAAAAAAUAUGUGGAAGUUAUUCUACAGAAUGUAACUGCCUCAAACAUGUCAAGUUUACUCUUUUCUUUACAGAGUGCCUUACUGUAAGUUUUGUAAAGGUUGAUGAUUUUCUGAGCAAAAGCAACUCUAAGACCAAGAAGACACCUCAUGUCUUAAUUUAAUUUGAGUUGUAUUAUGUGCUGUAUGAUAUGUAUUGUCACCUGUAAUGUGGCGUUUUUGUCAUUACACCAUUUAUAAUGAUCAACUCUCUUACGGUGAAAUUAUAUUUAAAUAUAAAUCUUUGAGUUCGGUUCAGAUUGUUGUUAAUUAAAAAUGUUUCUACACAUCUGUGUUAUGAGUAUGAUUCCAGUUUUACACCUUGUAAAACACCUUGUGUCAAUAGAUAAUCGUUAUUCUAAUACAUGUAUGUUAAUGGAGUUUUCCUAAUAUAUCAAACUGUUUCACAUAACAGAAAUUAAUUUUUACAGCUGUCCCACACGCUUCAUUUCAAAACAAGUGGGUGAAGACAAGAUGGAAAAUACAGUGAGGGACGAAACUAGAUGCUGUAAAAUUGUACACAUUUAUGUUGAAUUUUCUCCAAUUCCAAAAUUGAGCAAGGUUUCCUGAGGAUAUAAACAUUCUUGUUGAGCCAAGAGUAGUACAGUAUGCUUUAGCUAUCCAGGUUUGAGGAGUGCCAUCACGUUUUCCAGCUAGCAUUUAUGUGAUGGUGGUGCAGUUGUUUUGCAUUUGAGGGGAGUCAGUUUUAUUUCUAGAGAGACCCUUUACACAGGUCAUACCUUUUCUAACCCAAAGUUGGAAUAAUAAUUAGAUAAUGGUGAUAUAUUACCAAAUUCUGCCACAAAAUCAUGAAUUUCAAACAUUUUAGGAAAACAUUGACCUGGUUUUGA